AUGGAUUUCCUCCCGGAAUCCAUUCUCUCCCUAAUCCAAGACAACCCCACAAUCCAACAACUCACCUCAUCCUCGAUCGUGUUUCACGUCAACAACGCCCGCACCACAUACCUGGAUCCCUACAUCUCCCACCUGAAGACAACCUACCUGGACCCAUACAUCGUCCAACCUCUCGCCACAAUGCUCGCCUCUUCAAUGCCCGAUCUUGUAUCGGUCCUGAUCCUCGCUCUCGUUCUCAUCAUCUCUCUCAAGGUCCUCGACUAUGCGCGACGUGUCGUCAUGUUCUGGAUUACGUUGGCGCUGCGAUUAAUCUGGUGGGGAUUCAUCCUCGGAGCCAUCUGGUACGCGUAUACUGCUGGGCUAGAGAAGACCGGUCGCGAUCUAGGCUGGCUCUACGGGGUCGUGAAGGGAUUCGCAGAGAAGUUCCAGGAUGGAUUUGAGGGCGGUCAGAGAUCGUCGUCGGCUACUGGAGGUUGGGGAGGGUAUGCUUCUGGUCGGGAAUUUCAGGUCCCUAUGGGGAGAGGUUGA